AUGUGUGACCCAUUCAACAAGCGCCUGGACGAAUGGGUCACUCCCGAGCGGCUGGACCUGAAGAAAAUCCAGUUCCCUAAGAAGGAAGCCAAGACUCCCACCAAGAACGGGCUGCCGGGCUCCAGGCCAAACUCCCCCGAGAGGGAACUGAAGAAGACACUCGAUCUCUCUCUACACUCCUCGGCAGCAGGGAUUGGGAAGACCAUUCCAACACCGGGCUUGCCCUACUUAGCAGCAAGUGCUAGUUUGCAAAGGGUCCCAGUCGCCAAGCUACCUGACAGGACCAACAGCAUCGAAAACGUCACCAAAAACUUGUUAUCCAAGAGGAAGUUGGAAGCAGUCUCCCUUGCUACGCAGUGCUCUCCAGUAACUCCGGCGGCGGCAGCUCCAGAGAUCCCAACGCCCGUCUACGCACAGCAGAAUGGUUCGGCACGUCGGUCGAUGCCACAGGUGGCUGGGCGGAAGAGGAAGGCAAACUGCUUGGGGACCGAUGAGGACUCGCAGGACAGCUCCGACGGCAUCCCCUCAGCCCCGCGCAUGACGGGCAGCCUGGUGUCGGAUCGCAGCCACGAUGACAUCGUCACCCGCAUGAAGAACAUCGAAUGCAUCGAGCUGGGCCGCCACCGACUGAAACCCUGGUACUUCUCGCCCUACCCACAGGAGCUGACCUCCCUGCCCGUCCUCUAUCUCUGCGAGUUCUGCCUCAAGUACCUGAAGAGCCUGAAGUGUCUGCAGAGGCACCUGACGAAGUGCAAUCUACGACACCCGCCAGGGAACGAGAUCUACAGGAAAGGAACCAUCUCCUUCUUCGAAAUCGAUGGCAGGAAGAACAAGAACUACUCGCAGAACCUGUGCCUGUUGGCCAAGUGCUUCCUGGACCACAAGACCCUGUACUACGACACCGACCCCUUCCUCUUCUAUGUGAUGACCGAGUACGACUGCAAAGGCUUUCACAUCGUCGGGUAUUUCUCCAAGGAGAAGGAAUCCACGGAAGACUACAACGUCGCCUGCAUUCUGACCCUACCCCCGUACCAGAGGAGAGGCUACGGCAAGCUGCUGAUUGAAUUCAGUUACGAGCUCUCGAAGGUGGAAGGGAAAACAGGGACGCCCGAGAAGCCUCUGUCGGACCUGGGUCUCCUCUCCUACCGCAGCUACUGGUCGCAGACCAUCCUGGAGAUACUGAUGGAGCUGAAGUCGGAGAACGGGGAGAGGCCACAGAUCACCAUCAAUGAGAUCAGUGAACUCACCAGCAUCAAGAAAGAAGAUGUCAUCUCCACCUUGCAGUACCUGAACCUGAUUAAUUACUACAAGGGUCAGUACAUCCUCACUCUGUCCGAGGACAUCGUGGAAGGCCACGAGAAGGCCAUGAUGAAGAGGCAUCUCCGCAUCGACUCCAAGUGCCUGCACUUCACCCCCAAGGACUGGAGCAAGAGGGGCAAGUGGUAGCCGGACUGGACGGAGCCGACAGAGGGAGCGGGAUCGCCCCUCUUUCCCCCCCCCAGCGGCGUGGGGGGGGGGGUCUAGAGGACUGGCCUCUCCCCGCAGUCUCGCCCGACCCGACGGGACGGCCCAGAGCGGCCGGCGCCGCUCCCCCACACCUACACCCGCCCCGGGCGCCAAUGGCACAACCGGAAUUGCCGCCGGUUGUGGGGGGGAAAAAGAGGUUCGGCGCACGGAAGGGGCCAAGCGGUUGGCCGUGCCGAGCGGGAUCGGCGUUCCACCGGGACGGUGUCGGUGAGCAGGGGCCGGCGCAUCUCGGGUGAAGGCGGAGGUGGAUUCCCCUCACCACCCACUGUCACCACACGGACUCUGGGGGGCCCUGCCAGUGGACUGGUCUGUGAUUAUUCCCCCCCCCCCCCCCCAACUGUAAACCCUCCCCUGUGUCUGUGUUAGACUUGCAAUGGCAGCAAGGGUUGUAUAGGCUUUUUUUUUUAAAUACAAAAUAUGAAUCCGGGUUGUAUAAAAAAGUAAAUAUUGAUGUAUCAUGGUUUGGACUGGC